GUAUUUUGUUGUUGCUAUUGAAAGUGCGUAUUGAUUUUUUGGUUGUAAGCAGUAAAAUUUGUAAAGGAAAACUCAAUAUACUGAAUACAUACAGUAAAACAAUAUUAAAUUACAAGCCGAACAAAAAGAGAACAGCUUAAAUAUGUUGAUGAAACAAGUUUUUAAAGAAUUUCCAUGAAAAUUACAACAAAUGUAAUACAUACAAUUGUUUAUUACGUUUUUGAUUUUACAACAAGUGAAUGAAAAACAAAACGAAAAGUGUUUUCUUUUUUUAUAGCCCAAAAAAUUAGAAUGUUGAUCAAUGACCCACAUAGUUUGAGGAAAAUUAUUUGUUGGACUUGACCAAAUUUAUGAAUCAAAUUCUUAUCAAAACCAAGAAAUUGUAAAAAAAUAUACUAUAGGAAGCAACAUUACAUUCGUUUACAAUGGGAGGCUCUGUUAGUCAAAUAUUUCGUUCGGGCUCUGCCUUGUUAUCACAUCGUGAUGGUCACAAAGUUUCAAAGGCUACCGAAGAAAAAAUUAAAACUUUAUUCGAAAUUCUUCGAGCAAAUCCAAAAAUAUCAAUACAACCAUUAGAGAGCUUACUCUUGGAAAUUCCAAAGAAUGAAAAUAUUUUGGUCAUACAUGAUGAUUGUGGCUUUAAUAUUCUACAGCGCAGUGUGGGUCUUAAUCAUAUCGAAUUAACCAAAUGGUUAUUGCAACGUCAUCGCCCUGAUUUGAAUCGUAGUCCAUGUUCGCUGCCCUUGCAUAUUGCCUGUCUUAAAGGGCACGAGUCAUGUGUGGAAUUGUUACUGAAAUAUGGUGCACGCAUCGAAUGUGAUUCUCGCAUGUGUUUUCCCGGUUGCCAUAGUCCAAAUUGUGAACUUUUUCAGUACAAUACCAGUCACUACGAAGAUGUCGAAUAUCGCGACCGUUUCGAUAAUUCCAAACUUCAAAAUGCCAUUUGUUAUGCCAUUGAUGGUGACCAAAUAAAUGUACUUAAUAUUUUGGUUCAAAAGUUAGAUGAUCCGUGGAUCCCUUUUAGAUCAAAAAAGCCCGUAUUUCAUUUGCUUCACAUGGCAUGCGAACGUGGUGCCUGGAAUUGUGUGCAACAGUUGGUAGUAACUCGAUCUGACGAAAUAAAUCUCAUCAAAGAUGAAUACUAUCCCAUACAUCAUGCAAUAUUACAUGAACUGCGCUUUUUAGAGCUGCUUAUACACCAUGGAGCAGUAACGACAGUACGAACAUGUACCCAACAAUUUACUCUUCUACACAUGGUCAUAUUUAUUGCCCGAAAAUCUGCUGAAGAUACACUUAGCAUUCUAAGACUUUUAUUGGAACGUGGGUGUAAAGAGCUUAUAAAUGAACCCGAUGUUUUGGGAAAUACUCCUCUACAUUCUUUAAUAGUACGCUAUGCUUUGGAGGAGGCCAGAUACGGAUACGACAAAUGGAGUAAAUGGGAUGUUUUACAUUUAGUACGAUUUCUUUUGCAACAUGGUGCUAAAAACUCCAUUAAUCAGGCGGGCAAUAGUGCUUUAGCUUGUGUUUUUCGUCACAUCCGUGAUAUGGAAGUAUGUUUUGAACUCUUAAGUAUGUUAAUUAAAGAAGAUGGUGAUCCAAAUAUUGUGGGACGUGAUGGUUCAGUGCCUAUUAUGGUCUUAUUGAUACCUUUAAUUAACACAGAUACUUUACAACAUUAUACUCACUCAAUGAAGGUCUGUUUCGUUAAUUGCAUUCGUAUAUUAUUACAACACGGUGCCAAUCCAAAUUGUUCGUAUCAUCAUAAUUUAACACCAUUACAAGUUUUAGUAUUUACUGUUAGUGAAAAUUUUACCUUGAGCUGUGACACACUAAGACGCACAAAUUUCGAUUUUAUUAAAAAUAUUUUACUCUUGCUACUACAACAUGGUCUAGACUGUAAUCAAACAUAUCAAAAUAUUCUACAGGCUGUAAUGGACAUGGUACGAAACGUUAGAGAUUGUCAAGAUAUGCUACGCAUACACGAGCUGGCUUUAACGCUCAUGCAAUACGGUGCAGACCCGAAUAUAGUAUUAAGUAGUAAGACCACUGGUGGCGCCAUAUAUUCCAAUGAAAUAGCUAGGUUUGGCGAUGCCUUGGGUUUGACAGGUUCUUCUGGAGAGGGCGUAAACGGUGGUGGAAGUGGAUCUGGUGGAGUUGUUGGUAGUAGUGGUGUUGGAGGGGGUGGAGUCGGUGGUGUUGAUUCAGUAGGAGUUACACGUCAAUCUUUGAGUGAUACAACAUUUCGCAAUUCAUUUCGUACAAAUUCCCGCUAUUUAUUAUUUUACUAUAUUGUGUUGAUCACAAAAAAAGAAUUUAUACUUAAUGAUCCAGACUUGAAUUUCACUCGCAUAAUACAUUUAUUUUAUGCCACAAUGCAACAUGAUGCACUAUAUAAUUGCCUCAAAUCAUUGCACAAUUUUUAUGUGGCCCAAGUGCCCAGCAAAAAGACUGAGCAACUAAUAGCUGUCAUUUCGUCUUUGUAUCGAAAACCUCGCAGCCUAAAACAAUUAUCUCGUCUUGCCAUUUAUGAAUCUUUGGAUAGGAAACUAGCACAAAAUAUAAAUAAACUGAAAUUGCCCGGUCUACUGAAAGACUAUGUCUUGAAUUUUGAACUGUAAUUAGAGGAUAGUUUAAAUUGUCUAACUAAAAGAAAAUUUAGAGAACAAACAUAAUGUUAAUAUUAAAAAAGCCUUAGGGUAGAGAAAUCAUAGUCAAAUAAAAAACUGUUAUCUGUUAAUAACAGGAGUAAUAGAAAAUAGGAAACACUGAAGCCACAUAAAUUCAAAGAAUUUUCAAAAGUUGGAGUUGACUUUACUAGAUAUCCUUUGUAAAAUAAUAAAUUUUUACAUAUAAUUAUGAUUAAAAAUCCCUUUAAAAUCAACAACAUUGUACUCUAAUGCCGACUCCAUUUAUAAUUUCAAGUUUCGCGUUCAGAAAGUAACUAUUAUUUUCAAAACAUUUACAUAUAUUCAGCCGAUCAUGGCUCUAAGUAUGUUUUACAUACAUAUAUAGUCAUUAACAAAAAUUGGAUAAUUAAUGAAAAGCUUAAACAAAUGAAAUAACAAUCUGAAUAUAUUAAUGAUAAUAUAACAAAUCUUUUUUUUAAUAAUUUACAAUCAAUGUAUUAAAUUUUUGCAUUAAUACUAAAUUAGGGAGGAAACGAUAAUUGUGUAUGUACAUAUGUAAUUAAUAAUUAUGUAGACUGCAUACAAAAUUUGUAUUUAAGUGUUAAUUUACAUACAUACAUACAUUUAUGCAUUUGAUCAGGACAAUUGUAAUUUAAAAGUUGUAUGUGCCAUGUUGAGCCAUUUAAACUGAUAAAUAAAUAUACACAAUAUAUCUAAAAAGAUAUUUAUAGAUUAAUAAAAAUAAAAAACAGGAAAAAUAUAAAAUAAAUCAAGUUAACAUUAUAAUGUUUUCUCAAUUAGAUAUUUUGAACUCAAAUUGUUUUUCGAGCACUUAUUUAAAAUUUGAAACAAUCACAAUUAAGUACCAGACCACAUACAAACAUUAAUACGCAUUGCCAAAAUAAAACAUAUUAAAACUUUAAGAGCUAUCAAUACCUACAUAUAUUGUUAUACUGUUCCUGUUAAACGAAAAACACUACAAAUUAUACUUAUUACAAUAUAUAAAUGCAAUCUUAAAAUCUUCAUGGCAAU